AUGCAUUUUACUAAAUGUUAUAACCCUGAUGCUCCAGCCAUAGCUCCAUCUCCUGCUUCGUCUCCUGCUCCUCCAGUGCUCUGGGCUCCAGGUCCUGUCUUCCAGCCACCUGCAGAGCUUCCUGUACGCUGGAAGGAGCAGCUCCCCUCCUUCCAGCAGGACAGGAUCAGGAAGAGCCUGUUCAGGGCCAACACCAAAACGGGGAAACCAGAGUUGAUCCCACAUCCCAACUUCUGGUGGUACCCUCCCCAGCCCCCCACCCUCUUUACCCAGCCUCCGGCGUCUCCUGACGUCUUCUUCUGCCGCCCUUUGUUCCUCUGGAUGCCGCUAAAGCUGUGGUCCAUUGCCCUAGUCUGUAUCCAGCCAGCCUGUAGUAACCACAAGCUGACAGCUGCUGGCCUCUACCGCACUGUGCGUAAGGUCCUGGACAUAGAUGGGUGGUAUGACAUGGCUACUGAGUAUCUAGAGUGCAAAAGGUGCAAGAAGAAGUGUCCAGCCUGGUCUGAGGACAUCCUGGGACAGCUGGACAUUGGGCACCGCAGAAAAUUCCCUGCCAUUCUGACAAACAGGUAUUCAUGUGACUACCGUGUGGUCAUCAUGAUGCGGGAGAGGACCCAGGGCAACAGUGUCACGCAGCUUUACAAGAAGCUGCAGGAGGAGCACAGUGCUGCGUGGACACGACGCACGUUGGAGUACCUCACUGCCUGCGAGCCCUUCGUCGACUCCACCAUCAUUGAGCCUCCAGUGUUCUCUGCCCCGCCGCCGCUCCCGCCCCUUCCUAAACCCAAGUGGCUUCUGUCUGUGUAUGCCAGGGACGUCCUGUCACGGCUACCUGAGGUCAAGGCCAAAAUAACUUCGGUAUUUGGCUCUGUCCUUAAGAUGGACUCCACCAAAAAGGUUACCAAAAAACUGGCUGGUGCAGCUGCCAACACUGCCGGCUGGUGUACAAAUGUGGCCAAUGAGCACGGCCAGGUUCUGGUGUCUGUGCUGACCGCCGCAGAGGGGCAUGGACUGUGGCCCAUGGCAGCGGGUCUCAUGAGGAGGUACAGAGAGGCAGGAGUGCCACCGCCUGUCAUCAUGUAUGUGGACCGGGACUGCUGCAGCCAGCACGCACAAAGACAGUCGCAGGUCAGGGCCAUGUUUUCUGAGUGGAAUGAGCUCAUAGUGCGCCUGGACAUCUGGCACUUCAUGCGCCGUUUUGCAGCAGGAGUCAUCACUGAGGCUCAUCAGCUCUACGGCACCUUCAUGGCUCGGCUGUCGAGGUGUAUUUUUGAGCUGGACCCAGAAGAUGCUGCUGCUCUUCGUUUGGCAAAACGGGGGGAGCUUCUGGCCAGAGGAGUCGGUCCAGUCUCUGAAACAGCCCUGGACCAAAUGAUCAACAGGAAGGAGUUGGCUCUGCAUUGCCGGAAGAGGACAAGGGGGCUGGAGGAGACGGCGAGGAGGAUAAAGGCCCUAAUAGAUGAGAUGGACAGUGAGAAGGGGAAGGACACUCUGGGAGUACCAUUGCUGGACCACGAGCGCAUCCAGCAGGUGUGGAAAGACCAGGAGAGACACAUCGCCUGUAUUCAGGACCCAGAAGGCUUCCCUCUGUACCUGAAGACGGGGACGCUGAAGAAGGGUGGCGUGGAGCUCUGCUGCUACCGCUGUGCUCGUGGCUCCACCUCCUUAGAGUCCUUCCACCUCCAUCUCAACCGUUUCAUCCCAGGGACCAGUGCCAGCGACGCUCACUUCCAGGCCUACCUGCUGGAAGGUCUGAUGCGCUGGAACCAGGACCGGAUGGAGGAGGCGGUCAGGGGGAACUCUGAGCUGAGGACCUACAGCUGUGCUGAAAGGGAGGCCAUGGACCGACUCAGCCGUAAGGUCCUGAAGAUGUCGUUGGACGAGCGCUACCAACCUCCGGGGGCGUACACAGGGGAGCUUCUAGGAUUGGAGUACCUCUACAGCCAGUCUGGUCAGUCCCUGACUGUCGUGGAAGACCCAGAGGAAGAGGAUCGACUGGUCGAGCAGAUGGAUGAUGGGGCUGUUGAAGAUGAAGGCUUUGUGGAGGAGGAAUCUGAGGACCUUACCAUCCCCAUCCUCUAUGACUCCUCAGAGACUGUGCCGGUCCACAGCAGCAUCCUACAGCCCUACAGCCCCUCUUCCUCUGCACCACCCUCACCACAGCCAUCCACCUCGAGUCAAGGACUGACUCCUCUGCUCCAGUCCUCUGAGCCUCCUCUGCCUCCUGCACAGCCAAGUGGAGCCUCUGAUCCUGCAACAUCAGCUGGCUCCAUUGCUGCAGACCAGCCUCCUGCUGCAGUUCUUGGACCUGAUGGCAUCCCUGGCUGGGAUAAGGUGCAGGAUUUGGCAGAGUACCUGGUGUCCCUCCGUCAGGCUCUCUACCUGGACCAGCAGCAGGUCACAGAGGUCAUCCGCCUGUGGUCUGCCCUACCUGAUGGGGACAAGAGCAGGAUCAGCUAUCAGCCCAGACACCAAACUAAGCUGGCACAUGGUCGCUUCAAGGCCCCUAAGAACACCAGAGUGACCCCAGGAGUGGAAAGUGUGAAGAGGUGCCUGAUUGGCCACCCAGGGGGUCCAGCCCAGUGGCCCAGCACAAGUCGCUUAGUGGAGGCCAUAUGCAUCAAGCUGUGCUCAUUGCACAGGUCUCCAACUAAGAAGGCUGGUGUCCGGCUUCCUCGGUGGACCAAGGUUCUGGGUGACUACCACCACAUCAGAGACCUGGUGCUAAACUGCCACUCUCUGAUGGAGGCCACCUCUCUGCAGCUGUUCCUCCUGAACCAGAGGACCCUUACCCAGUGGUUUAAUAAAAGGGAGAGCAGCCAGGAGAUAAGUGACCUCACCCAGGGCCUUGCUGCAGAAGGUGGCAUCGCUGUGGCUGGAUCGCAGCUUCCUGCUCCACGAGAAAAGCUGUACCAAGCUCCUUCCACCUCAGGGCUCCAGCACGAGUUUGUCCUCCCCCCAAACAGAGCAGGACAGGCUCCUAAACUGCGCCCAGGCAGACGACCAGCCAGUGCCAAGGUGGUGCAGCACAUUGCCCCAGCAGCUCCUCCUCUCCCAGCUCCUAUGGCACCACUGCAGUUCUUACUGGUGAACCCUGGAUCAACGAUGAUGGCAGCAGGCGCUGGUCACCCCUCUGCUGCUCCUAUAGUGGUUCUACCUGCCACACCAGUGGCUCCUGCACCCACACCCUCUGUGUCCCGCUCUACCCAGAAGAACAGGCGGCGCAGGGCAGAGGAGGAGGCUGCUGGGACUAGCAAAAGACAAUAUGUCAGAGAGGUGGCCUUCAAUAAGUGCAGCACAUGUGGGCAGCCCAAAAUUAAAGAAUUUGGACACAGCCGCUUUGGAAGUGCCACUUUCUGCCCCAGAAACUCUGGGGGCAAAUCUUUAGAGGAGUGGCUGAGUGAACAGCGUCAGCUUAAGAGGCCACAGAACCCCCCACCCCCAUGAUCUGGAUCUAUAUCCUAGAUCAAUAAUACCAUGUAAAUAAUCCUCCCUUAUUAGUGAACUUUUCUUUAUUUUUUUAUUAUGUCAUGUUUUCCUUUCAUUUAUUAUUUAUCAAUAAUUGGUGUUAUAUUUUCUAUUAGAUUGGUUGUUUAUAUAAUAGAAGUAUGUUGUCUUCUUUAUUAUGUCUUUGUGAAUAAAUGCUGU